CUGGGAACACUUCACAACGGCACGGAAAGAAUCACUCACCCUUCAAAACUCAACAAAUGGCCUUCCUCUUCACUCUCUUCCUCGCCCUCCCGAGAAGAACAACUUUACUGCAGAGAAGAACUAUUGUCUAACAAUGCAAAACCAAAUUCCCAAAUCAAAUACCAACCAGAAUACUCUCAGGAUGCAGAGCAGCCACGUAUCAAUUUCCGACACCGAGUCUCAAGCUAGUCAGAUCGAUUCCUUCCACUCGCCUCUCCGUUACGAUUCGCCCCUCCGCUCCGACGAACCCUUCUCCGACCCUGAUCACACUUCUCUUCCACCCUCUUCUAAGGCGGUUUCUGCAACAGACAGACGCCCCUCUCCGCUCUAUUACCCGCGGAAGUCAUCUCCCUCGGAGCACCUCAGCCAGCCUCCGACUCCCACACUGCCGCCGUCCAUAGACCGAUCGCCGCCGAAGGUGUACUACAGUAAGUCCCGUGCAGAACCUGUGGACACGAAGGUGGGGUCGGUUAGGGGUAACAAUGGUCAGGCGGAGGUCGGUGAGCGUAGGUUCAAGUCGGCGGUCACUAGAGCUGCGUUAGGGUUUAGGGUUUGCGAGGCGGUUUUCUGUGUGAUUUCCUUUUCGGUUAUGGCCGCUGAUAAAACUCAAGGCUGGAGUGGCGACUCUUGGGAUCGGUACAAAGAAUACAGGUAUUGUUUGGCAGUGAAUGUUAUCGGAUUUGUAUAUUCUGGAUUUCAAGCUUUUAAUGUAUCCUACUAUUUGGCCACCAAGAAACACUUCAUCUCUCACCACCUGCGGCAUCAUUUUGAUUUUGCCAUUGAUCAGGUUUUGGCAUACCUUUUGAUGUCGGCAUCGUCUUCGUCUGCAACAAGGGUUGAUGACUGGGUAUCAAAUUGGGGGAAAGAUGAAUUCACAGAAAUGGCGAUUGCAUCAAUCGCCAUGUCCUUCCUGGCUUUCGCUGCCUUUGCUUUGAGUUCUCUUUUGUCUGGUUACAACCUCUGCAACCGCGUAUCGUAAUCCUUUACUCCGGAAGAUCCAAUGUGUAUAUGUAUAUAUAUGUGUGUAUACACACACACACAUAUAUUAUUGAAACAUGACAUUUCAUUUAUAAAAAAGAUGCAACUAAUGCCAACUUUAUAGAUGACUUAUUUCCUCAUAUAAGUCUGUCACGGCAGUAUCAAUGUUUUCUUUCACUUCCAGUAUCAAUGUUUUCUUUGUUUUCAUCACUAUUUCCAAUGAAGCCAAAGAGUCACUAUUUUUUGGCUUGAGAAUAUGAUGGUAUAAAGCAAAAUGACUCAUUAAGCUGUCUGCGCUUCUUUAUUAUGAAGCAAGAGUCAAUCCAUGCAAUUUUUAUGCAAUUUUCAUCAUGGGUCAUCCGAAACAUUCUCUAUGUACUUUAGUACAAAGGUACGGCCGCGUACAUUUGACCCCCUUACCUCAUUAUAGGUGAAAGCCUUUGUGGCACUCAUUAUUGUCGUCGUAUGUUGUACAUAUAGACUCAUUGUUCAGUGGUUUAUUUUUCCUAUAUAAUAAAAAGCAAUAUACAAUUGUUGUUUUAGGGAUGGCUGGAUGGGGAUAAUACAAAGACAGUAACAUUAAUAUCACUUUGGAGAUGCAUGAACAAAGCAUUAUCCCAGUCCCCAUAUAUGUAAAUAAU